GCCGUACUUCCUUUGAUAUGAAAAAGUUUCUGGAACUGUGCUACACGAAGCAGAAAGAAAGAAGCCGCGGCAUCGCUUCAGGUUCAAAUUUCAGGACAAUUCCCCUUUUGGUAUCGCCAUAUAAUUGUAAUUAUGAGCCCGUCAUCAAUGGAAGUUGAUGUAUGGGCUGGGAAAUGGGAUUUGCCUUCUGUUGACCAGCAAUGUCUACAAAUUAUGGCUUACGCGAAGUUCUGUGGAGCGCCAAUCAAGGUAAACGUCACUAAUAAUCCUUUCUGGUCGCCCUCUGGAUCUCUUCCUGUGUUUCGCAAUGGGAAAGACAAAAUUACUUCGUUUCAGAGCAUGGUGUCAUAUUUGGACUCAAAGAAAUAUUCUGCAGAUCUAAAGUUGACACCUCUUCAAAAGUCUGAGUGCUUUGCCAUCAACAAGCUUUUAGAAGGAAAACUCCAUCCAGCUAUAUUAUAUACAUGGUGGGUAGAUGAGACGAACUAUAUUGAAUUGACUAGACCAUGGUAUGCAUCAGUUUUGCCGUUACCUUUCAACUAUUACUACCCUGGUCGAUAUGAACGAGAUGCUAAGGUCUAUAUUGAAACAAUGUUUUUAGAGGAUGAAGACCAGUCUGUUAUUGAAACUCAUCUCCUUUCAGAUGCUGAAAAAUGUCUGACAUCUUUGUCAGUCCGCCUUGGAGAUGAAAACUAUUUCUUUGGCAAAUCUCCCACUUCUUUGGAUGCAAUUGUUUAUUCAUACCUAGCUCCGUUAGUUAAGGUUCCUUUCCAACAGUGUGCUCUGCAGAAUCACCUAAAAGCUUGUCCCAAUUUAAUGGCAUUUGUUUCAAGAAUCUCAAGGGGUUAUUUCCCCUUGGUGUCUGAUGCAACCAAGAACAUAAACUUAGAGAAAGUGAAGGAAAUUGAGCUCCGAAAUAAAAGAUUGAGGAAUGCAUUUAGUUUCUUAUUUGCAUUGGCAUCAAUGACUGGAUUUGCCUUGUACAAUAAUAUUUAUCAGGACGCCAGAUUAAGCAGACGAUUCGCCACAAAACUAGAGAGAAUAAAAGAUAGGUGGCGAGGAAGCCCUGUUUCCCCAGAUUUCUUUGCACCUAGUUUUGAAGAAGAAUAAUCUUACAAGUUAGACUGUCUCCAAAUUGAUCUGUGAUCUUUUCACGUUCGUAGUCAUAUUGCUGUACUCUUUUUCCUGCACAUCUUUCUGUUGUCAUAACCGUGUAUCAAUACACAUUUCUGAAAGCACAGAGUAAUUCUUAUAAACCUAAAAUAAAUAAUUGAGAAUCCAAAAGUUAA